AUGGAUGUUGAAAGAACUCAAUCAUCUCACAAGAUUGCCAAGGCAACGGGUCAACUUCUUAGCAAACCGAAAAUUAUCAUAUUACCGACAAUCAAAUUGUUGGUCGAAAAACUAAAACCAGACGCGAAAACACCAAAGACGGAAAAGAAAGCCACCGUUAAAAGCACCAACAAAACUGCUGUAGAGAAACCAAGCAUAAAAACUUGUGUGCCCCACCAAGUCAAAGCUACUCCUGCAAAAGAAAAGAAGAAGUCAAGUAAAGCAGAAGCUGUGUCUCAGGCGGAGAAAAAAACGAAUAUAGAGAUAAUAAACAUGCUGAGACGACGAAGGUCUAGAAUUCGUAAAGCGAAAUCUAUGGCAACAACAACUACAACCACGACUGAAGGAACGACUGUGCAGGAUAGUACGGAAGAACACAGUAGAGAAAGCACUGAGAGUACAAUAGAACCGAUUGCGCACAGUGUGGGCUCAAAAAAAGACGGAGAGGAGAUAAAGCUUCGUCGAUGUGAUUCUGUGAGAGGAAUAUGUCGAAGUCGAACAUUCGCUAAAGUUGCUGUCUCAAAGCAAUGUGAAGGAGAUCUCGAAGAUCAGGUGUAUUACCAUGGUUUUCGGCCCCGAAAGGACGUCGCUGGUUUACUCAAAGAGCCUGGUGAUUUCAUUGUACGUGCCACAGAUUCUCGGCAUAAACCAGAAAUCGUAAUAUCGGUGCUCAGUGAUAAGGGAAGAAUGUUUAAUCUUACUGUAAAAAACGAAGGCGAUAAAUGGCAGCUAGGGGUGCUUCGAAAAAGAGGUAGAGCGGUCCCACGAUUUUCAAAAAUUGCUGAACUCGUAGAUUAUUACUCAGUACACCGUUUGCCAGGACGUGCGAAACUGAGGCGCGGUAUUCCAAGACCAUCCUGGUUGAUAAAACAUGAAAAUGUAAAUUUCGAUCGUACAAAGGAUCUCAUUGGUACAGGAAACUUUUGUCACGUUUAUAAAGGGACUUAUAUGAGAACCGCGGAAGAAAAAUAUGUCGUUGCGAUUAAAAUGAGCCACGAAGGCCAUGGAUCGGAGAAAGAGUUCGAGGAAACGAAAACGGCAAGAGAUUCAAUGCUUGCUGAAGCGCAUAUGAUGAGCUAUUACGUGCACACUAAUAUCGUUGAGCUUUAUGGAGUGGCAUGCGAUCAUCCUCCGGUACUAAUCGUGAUGGAAUUUUGUCCAGGUGGUAAUCUUGAACAACACCUCCUAACACAAAAAGAUCGCAUAGAAGUAGGAGAGCGGGUUGUAUACGCCCUUGAGGCUUGCCGUGGCAUGGUGUUUCUCCAUAAAAAGUCUUGCAUUCACCGUGAUCUAGCUGCAAGAAAUUGUCUAAUAUCAUCAAAAGGGCAAAUCAAAAUCUCUGAUUUUGGUCUUUCAAAAUUAGCUGAUGAGUUGGAGAAGAUGGACGAUGCAGUGAAUGAGCCAGCUCCACAAAUACCUUUGCGGUGGAUGGCGCCUGAGUCGCUAAGACGGCCAAUGAAAUUUAGCAAAAAAUCGGACGUAUGGUCGUUUGCCGUUCUCUUGUACGAGAUUUUCAAUCAAGGAGAGAAACCAUGGAAAACUGAGCCAGCGAAGAAGAUUGCCACUAUGAUUCGACGGUGUCAGAUGCCUACGUUUCCUAAGCAAGCUCCAGAAGACAUAGCCAAGAUUGCAACUCAGAUUUGGGUAGCUGAUCCUGUUGCUAGACCAGCAAUGAAAGAAGUUUGCCGUUCUUUAGCACAAGUGUGCAAAAAGUGCAAACCACCACCGCCCGAAAAGUUUACUUUGAACAGUCUUGAAGGAGUAGAACGCCCACGGAAGGUCGUUGGUCAAGCUUCGAUGGAGGAAAGUGGCGAUAUCGACACUGAAGCCGAUACGCGGAGCGGAGAUGAAUCCCUUUGCACUCGCACCUCACGACCUGUACGGCGUCAACGUUCUAACCCUUCUCGGCUCGUAUCAAGUCAAAGAUGA